CCGGCGAUCGCGAAAGCUCGCGGUCGCUCCGAGGCGCGCGCCUGCGAUCAUCGCUGGCUCCGUUUACCUGAGGGACCCGCGGCCGCCUCCGGCCGGCGCCGCAGCCCCCCGGGAGCCCGGCCCCGAGGUGUGAGAUAUUUCAAUCAAAGGAAGAAAUAGCUCUUCUCCUAAGAUGGAAUCUGUUGUUUGGGAAUGUGGUUGAUCAACUUGACACGUUGGCCAAAUUGUGCCCGAUGUAAUAAAAUGAAAAGAAGAGGCAAGAUGAUGUCAUUUUCCCAUAUUGUGAAACCAAAACAAAUGCCUUUUGUGAGACCAAGCUAACAAACCUCUGACGGUGCAAAGAGUAUUUCUGUUUGAAGAACUUAACAGUAAGGUAGAAGAAGUACUUUCAAGCUGAGACCUGCAGGUGUACAAAGAUCUAAAAUACAUAUUGAGUAGGCCUGAUCAUCUGAAUCUCAUUCAAUCAAGGAAGCAUGGCUAUGAGUUGGAUCGUCUUCUACCUGUGGCCCUUGACUAUGUUUGUGGGCCAUAUAGGUGGGCACAGUUUGUUUUCUUGUGAGCCUAUUACCUUGAGGAUGUGCCAAGAUUUGCCUUAUAACACUACCUUCAUGCCCAAUCUUCUGAAUCAUUAUGACCAACAGACGGCAGCUUUAGCAAUGGAGCCAUUCCACCCUAUGGUGAAUUUGGAUUGCUCUCGGGAUUUCCGGCCAUUUCUCUGUGCGCUCUAUGCUCCUAUUUGUAUGGAAUACGGACGUGUCACACUUCCCUGCCGUAGACUCUGUCAGCGGGCUUACAGUGAGUGUUCGAAGCUCAUGGAGAUGUUUGGUGUUCCUUGGCCUGAAGAUAUGGAAUGCAGUAGGUUCCCAGAUUGUGAUGAGCCGUAUCCUCGGCUGGUGGACCUGAAUUUAGCUGGCGAUCCUACUGAAGGAGCCUCAGUGGCAGUGCAGAGGGACUAUGGCUUUUGGUGUCCCCGAGAGUUGAAAAUUGAUCCUGAUCUUGGCUAUUCCUUUCUGCACGUGCGUGAUUGUUCACCUCCUUGUCCAAAUAUGUACUUUAGGAGAGAAGAGCUUUCAUUUGCUCGGUAUUUCAUAGGAUUGAUCUCAAUCAUUUGCCUCUCUGCCACAUUGUUUACUUUUUUAACUUUUUUGAUUGAUGUGACAAGAUUCCGUUAUCCUGAAAGACCCAUUAUAUUUUAUGCUGUCUGCUACAUGAUGGUGUCAUUAAUUUUCUUUAUUGGGUUUUUGCUUGAGGACCGAGUCGCCUGCAAUGCAUCCAGCCCUGCACAGUAUAAGGCUUCCACAGUGACCCAAGGAUCUCAUAACAAAGCCUGUACCAUGCUUUUUAUGGUACUCUAUUUUUUUACUAUGGCUGGCAGCGUUUGGUGGGUGAUUCUUACCAUCACGUGGUUCUUGGCAGCUGUGCCAAAGUGGGGUAGUGAAGCUAUUGAGAAGAAAGCCUUGCUGUUUCAUGCCAGUGCGUGGGGCAUCCCUGGAACUCUGACCAUCAUCCUUUUAGCGAUGAAUAAAAUUGAAGGUGACAAUAUCAGUGGCGUGUGUUUUGUUGGCCUCUACGAUGUUGAUGCCUUGAGGUAUUUUGUUCUUGCACCCCUCUGCCUGUAUGUGGUAGUUGGGGUUUCACUCCUUUUAGCCGGCAUUAUAUCCCUAAACAGAGUGCGAAUUGAGAUUCCAUUAGAAAAGGAGAACCAAGAUAAACUGGUGAAGUUUAUGAUCCGGAUUGGUGUUUUCAGCAUUCUGUAUCUCGUACCACUCUUGGUUGUAAUUGGAUGCUACUUUUAUGAGCAAGCUUACCGCGGCAUCUGGGAAACAACGUGGAUACAAGAACGCUGCAGAGAAUAUCACAUUCCAUGUCCAUAUCAGGUUACUCAAAUGAGUCGUCCAGAUCUGAUUCUCUUUCUGAUGAAAUACCUGAUGGCUCUCAUAGUUGGUAUUCCUUCCAUUUUUUGGGUUGGAAGCAAAAAGACUUGCUUUGAAUGGGCCAGUUUUUUCCACGGUCGUAGGAAAAAAGAGAUAGUGAAUGAGAGCCGACAGGUACUCCAGGAACCUGAUUUUGCUCAGUCCCUCCUGAGGGAUCCAAAUACUCCUAUCAUAAGGAAAUCAAGAGGAACUUCCACUCAAGGGACAUCCACACACGCUUCUUCAACGCAGCUGGCCAUGGUGGAUGACCAGAGGAGCAAAGCAGGAAGUGUCCACAGCAAAGUGAGCAGCUACCACGGCAGCCUCCACAGGUCCCGUGAUGGCAGGUACACUCCCUGCAGUUACAGAGGAAUGGAGGAGAGACUACCUCAUGGCAGCAUGUCACGACUUACAGAUCACUCCAGGCACAGUAGUUCCCAUCGGCUCAAUGAACAGUCACGACAUAGCAGCAUCAGAGAUCUCAGUAAUAAUCCUAUGACUCACAUCACACAUGGUACCAGCAUGAAUCGGGUUAUUGAAGAAGAUGGAACCAGUGCUUAAAUUGUCCUGUCUAAGGUGGAAAAUUUGUGCUGUUUAAAAAGCAGAUUUUAUUCUUUGCCUUUGCAUGACUGAUUGCUAUAACUCACUGUUAAGAUGCUUUCAGUCAGGUGCAGAUUGUGUCCAUUGAAAAGUAAAUUUUUGCUUUUUAUAUUGCAUCAAACUUAGAACCUCAAGGCAUCCAAAAUGCUAAGAAUGAUAUCAUCACAUAAAUAAUUCUUAUUUCUAGGUUAUGAAGAAAUAAUUAUUUGUCUGGUAAGCAUUUUUAUAAACCCACUUGUUUUAUAUUUGGAAAAAUCCUAAAUGUAUGGUGACUGCUUUAUAGUGAACUUUCAUAUAAUAUCAACUAGUUGUGAGGUAGCAUUCUGGUAGUUCUGUUAAUAAAACAAAAUUUCAGAAUUAAAGAAAUUUUCUAUGCAAGGUUUAUUUCUCAGAUGAAUAGUAGGACUUUGUAAUUUACUUUCCACUAAGUGAAAAAGAACUGUGUUUUUAAACUGUAGGAGAAUUUGAUAAAUCAGCAAGGGUAUUUUAGCUAAUAGAAUAUAAAAUCAACUGAAGAAUCUGAUUAGUCUACUGAAGACUCUUUUGAAAUUCUGUCAAAAUAGUCUUUAUCCAGAGAAAUACAGGAGUAGGAUUAGCAACAGAGUAAAAGCAGAGAUGGGCAUUUUUUUCUCAGUAAUUGUGCUGUUUUUAUUACUUUUGUAAAUAUUACUUUUACUGGCUGUGUUUUUAUAUUGAUAACUUAUCCAUAUGCAUGACAGAAAAUUUUUACUUUUAGCCAUUUUUUCCCAUGUAGUAGUUUUGAUUUGUAGAGAACUUCAUGUUCAGAUAUGUUCUAUGGAAGCAUGUAAUAAGAUAAGCAUCACACAGUGUAAGCCUUUUUGUAGUAACCAUAGUUAAAAAACAGCAAAGUGUUUCCUCUGUAUCUGUUACUGUGUUUUUUGCAGUGAGAUGUAAUCUUGCCAAAGCCGCCAGAUGUUGGUAUCCAGACCCCUCCUAUCAGUGGACUUAUUGUUCGCACUCGCAUUGCCCAGUAGCCAAUAAGCUACAGCUUUUGCCCCACACCCCUAUCUUCAGAUUCUGGGUCAUUCUUGUUUACAGCUGAAAUAUAUAUAUAACCCAAGUCCACAGUGGUGAUUAAUUUGGGAUAUUUGAAAUUCAUUGUAGCAUGAAUUAGUCCUGCUGUGAAGUAUCUUUUAACUUUAAAAAUAUCAAUUCAAAAAUCUUUGACAUUUGUCUUGUAAUAUUUAAAUAACUUCUAAUAAAAAUUGUAAACUUUAUUAGGCAUGAUAAUGAUCGUAAGGGAAAGAAAAAUUCUGGAAAAUGCUGGAUGUAUUAUGUAGACAAGCAUAUUUAAACAAGCCAUCCUCAACCCUGACUACAGAUAAGAAUCAUUCGGGCAAUGCCUGACUCCUUCCUCUCAUUGAGAUGAGGACUGGUAGUUUUAUAAAAAGCUUCCCCAGUGAUUCUAAUCUGCUGCAGGCCUGACUGCAGGCUGUUUGAAAGUAACUUGCCCCUGCUGACAAUGUGAUGGCAUCAUGUUAUAUCAUGUGAAAACCUAGCUGGACUCAGUGUUAGGCUUUUAUAUCCUUUACCUGAUUGAUCUACAACUGGAAUUCUGGACCCCACUCCUAAAAAUCUGUGCUCAGUAAGUCAAAGAUGAUGGUAGGACUUUAAAAAUCUGUCGUCAUAAAAAUACUAAUAUCAUAGGUGAUUCUUAUGCAGAUAUCCAAGAAUCAAACUUUAAAAAAUAUUCUAGACUCCAGAGAGGUCUGGCUUUGCCAUGUGCUAGUUUUUGACCUUUUACAAGUUAAUUUCUCUGAGCCUCAGUUCCCUUGUUUUUGAAUGAAGAUAGAAAAUAAAUACCUACCUCACAAAAUUGUCAAUAAGUAUCAGACAAAAAAUCAUAUGAAAGCUGAAAGCUCUUUGAAAACUUUAGUGUUAUGAACUAGAGGGAUUAAGAUUAUUGAGGACUUAGGAUAUUUGUUUGAGGGCUACCGUAGUACAGUCUUUGACAUGUGUUUGAAUUCAUGUGGACUUUUUCCUCUCCUUCUUUAAAACAAAAUGUACCAAGAAAUUUGGUGUUGGAAAAGCUUUCAUCAGGCACAGAAGUCAGUUUUCUGAUAAUAAUAAUUUGUUUGCCUGUCAUUUUUUUUCUUUCAAAGUACAUAUUUCUUAAUAUUUAUUAUUCUUCAUAAGAUAUUUGAACAUUUGGCUCAAAUGCUUUACUUUUUCCUCCAUCCUCAUUGUCUUUCUCCUUGAAACUGGAGUUAAUACUCAAGACAAGCAGAGUCUGAAUUCCCUCACAUGUGACAGUCGACCUUUACUCUGAAGAUCAAAUUGGUAACAACUCAUUUAUAAAUAAAUCUAAUUCAUGAGGCUUUUGUCUGAGGAUUUCUCCUGAGAACAGCAUAAAAGACCAAAACAAACAUUCAGACACAAAAGUAAGUUAGCAGAGAAGGUACCAGUUUGAGCUUAAAGAUGCUGUCAUUCAUUGCCAUCUGCAUUAUAUCAUCCAUUGCCAGAAUGUUAAUUGGUUUCUUUGUGGGCCAAGUAUAGACAGUUAAGUGAACAUCAAUGUGAAAAUCUUAACCCUGUGCUUCCUGAUUUUUAAAUAUUCAUUUGUAUCUUCUCUAUUAAACUGUUGAUAUAUUUGUAAAUGCUUUAUUGGCCUUUCAGUUACUUUCACUAUCUUAGUUUUGCUUCACAGAAUUUACUUGAUAUUGUUAAUCUGUCGUUUUAAAUAACAGUAUUUAGUUUGGGUUGUCUUAUUUAUCAAACUAGUGCUCUGAAUUAAGACUUUUUUCUUUAAAGAGACAGUUGAAGAACUACAGCAAAACAACAAUUUCAAGUCUCAACUAGCUUAAACCAACUUGAACAAGUCUGGACAGCUUUCUUAGCAUAUGUUUAAUUUGUGUUGUGAUUGGCAGAUGAUAAUGUUUAGUAUUUUAUUUGUUCAGUUGACAACUGAGAAAAUAAUAGUUCUCUCUAAAAUGUUAACAUAUAACCAAAAAGUUUUCGAAAAGUACUCUGAUUUCAGCAAUAUUGUAUUGGAUUUUUUCAGUGAUUAAAGCAAACAAUUCAAAACAAUGUUAAGCUCGAAACAAUAAUUAGUUUCAAAGAACAGUUAAUAACUCAGCAACUAGAAGAGGGCAUGGUAGGUUUUCAAUUAAAAUAUUUAAAUAAAUGAAUGUUAUGCAACUCACUUUAGUCAUGAUAGUCUCAGUUUAAAGAACUUUGAAGAAUCUAAAUUUAAGCUAAGUAAAAUGAGUCUCUGCUUUACCGGAAUAAUAUGUGGCAAGUAAUAAUCGAUGAAUUGCACCAAAUAAAGUUUAUUUCUCCUAGAGUAACAGUAUAUAUUACUAUUUUAAUUAAAUAUAUAUACAAACUUAUACUAAUACUUUAUAUUAAUUUUAAAAGGUGAACAGCAGUUUUUAGAAGUAAGUAGGUUCUUCUUGGUUUUAUGUGAAAUUAGAUCUUUGUAUACUAGUUGGGUGAAUGAAUAUUCAAGUAAACCUUUAUUAUUGAUGAUUUUCUUUUUCUAAAACUGUUUCUUGGAGCAGAUUUAAGA